AUGGAUACACAAAUAGUUGCAUUUAAUGUUGAGGGAGGAGCGAAGAUAUUUAACUGCAGAACUGCUGAAUGUAUUGCUACUCUCCCUCCUAUACAUACAGAUAAGCUACAAGAAUUAGAGGAGCAGCAGCAACUUGCUGCAGUGCAGCGGCUAGAGUGCAGCGGGCGCAGCAAAGAAGUUGUUCGUUUGCUGCUGCAGUUAGAUAAGAAAUAUUCUUUGGCAUCUUUUAUACAAAGACAGACAAUUAAUUGGUUAUGUAGCUGCCUAGACACCCGAAAUCCUGCAGGAUCUAUAAGAAAAUAUGAUGCUGCUGCUGUAUCUCAAUUGUUGCUGCCAGUAAUCCUGCAGCAGCAGCAGCAGCAGCAGCAGCAGAGGAAGAAACAUAAGAGGCAACAGCAACAACAAGGAGAAGGAGAGGAGGAAGAAGAAGAAGACGAGGAAAAGAAGAAACAACAAGAAGAGGAGCUUCGUGCUGCACUGCAGCAGACAUUGCAGAAACAGCUGCAGCAGCAGCAACUGCAGCAACAGGUGCCAUUCCAACAGCUACAGCUACAGCAGCAGCAGCAGCAGCAGCAGAAUGCAUGCAAGGAUACAGAUUGGAUAGAAUUAAUAGAGGAAUUAAAUAAUAAGGAAGCAAAUACAUUAAUUAAAUUUAUUGCUGAAUGGACAGCUGAGCCAUCCAUGGCAGCAGCAGCACACCGUUUGCUGCAUUUGCUGCUGCGCAGCAAGCAGCUAGAUUUGCUGCUGUCAACAGAUAACAACAACAGCAGCAGCAGCAGCAGCAGCAACAGCAGCAGGAGGAAGAAGACACUUAUUGGGGGUAAACCAGCAAUAGAUAUAAUAGAGAGCUUAAUACUAUUAACACAAAGACAAGAAAAAAGAACACAAGCAUUAAUAGAGAAAAGUUAUAUUCUUGAUUUGCUGCUGCCUGCUGCUGCUGUAGUGCAGCACGACUUACAGGAUCUGCUGCUGCCUCUACAACAGCAGCAGCAGCAGCAGCAACAGCAACAGCAGCAAAUCAAGCUGGAGGCAGCAGACACAACAGGGGGAAAGAAAAAGAAACGCAAAAUACAACAACAGCAAAUGCAGCAGCAACAGCAACAAAUGCAGCAGCAGCAGCAGCAGCAGCAGCAGCAGGAGCAGGAGUUGCUGCUGAGUGCUGAGGCACUGCAGCCGCACUUUGCUGCUAAAUUUACAGAAGAAUGUCUCUAUGGAGAUUUAUAA